GGAGAGCCGGGCAAGGUGCAUCAUCCUCUUCCCAAGCUGCUUGGGACCAGAGGUGAAAGUGAAAGAGAUGCACGACAGGCCAGCGUCCUCUAAGUAAAGGUGAAAGCGAAAGCAGGAAGCGUCAGACGCGGAGCCCUGCAGAGAACAGGCCUCUGCUUUUCUUGCUCCCGGCUGGGCCCAAUCCUUUCACCAGCGACCACCCAGUCCCUGACCAUCCUACGAUGCUGCAAACAGAGCUAGAACCCCGAGGGGGCUUCUCCUUUGAGAACUGCCAGAGAAACGCAGCCUUGGAACGCGCCCUCCCGGAACUGCGGGCCCCUCAUGCCCGCAAGACCGGGACCACCAUCGCGGGCCUUGUGUUCCGAGACGGGGUCAUCCUGGGCGCGGACACGCGGGCCACUAACGAUUCGGUCGUGGCGGACAAGAACUGCGAGAAGAUCCACUUCAUCACGCCCAAAAUCUAUUUCCAUCCUGUCCUGCGCAGGCCCUCGGCCAACAGCCUCCUUUCCCCUCCCCAGGACGGGGUCAUCCUGGGCGCGGACACGCGGGCCACUAACGAUUCGUUUCCAUCCUGUCCCCCGGCCACGGUUACCCGCUUUCUGCGCCAGAAGCUUUUCCGGUACCAGGGCCACAUCGGUGCGUCGCUGGUCGUGGGCGGCGUAGACGUGACCGGACCGCAGCUCUACAGCGUGCACCCCCACGGCUCCUACAGCCGUCUGCCCUUCACGGCCCUGGGCUCCGGCCAGGACGCGGCCCUGGCGGUGCUGGAGGACCGGUUCCAGCCGAACAUGACGCUGGAGGCCGCGCAGGGGCUGCUGGUGGAAGCCAUCACUGCAGGAAUCCUGGGUGACCUGGGCUCCGGGGGCAGUGUGGAUGCAUGUGUGAUCACGGGAACCGGCGCCAAGAUGCUGCGAACACUGAGCUCACCCACAAAGCCCAUAGAGAGGCACACCCAGUACCACUUUGCCCCUGGGACCACAGCUGUCCUGUCCGAGACAGUGAAGCCACUGCCCCUGGAGCUGGUGGAGGAAACCGUGCAGACCAUGGAAGUGGAGUGAAGUAAGCUGAAGCUUAGAGCUUGGAACAACAGGGAAUAAACGCGGAAAAUACACCUGAA